GGAAAACUUCAGUUCUCAGAGAAACUCAAUGGGAAAGGUGACCAUGAAACCAUGAAGCUCCUGUGAGAAAGUCCUGAAAGCGUUUUGGAGUAAAAAGCCGCUGAAGUCUGCAGGACCCCGAUUUUUAAAGUUUACUCCUCGAAACAAUAUUCAUUGAGCUGAAGAUGAUGUCUGACGCCAGCGAGAUGUUGGCAGCAGCCUUGGAGCAAAUGGAUGGAAUCAUAGCAGGCUCCAAGGCCAUGGACUACUCCAACGGCCUGUUUGACUGCCAGUCGCCAACUUCACCUUUCCUGGGAGGCCUUCGGGUGCUGCACCUGCUGGAGGACCUGAGGGGCGCCCUGGAGCUCAUGGACAACGAGGAGAGGGACAACCUGCGAUGUCAGAUCCCUGACUCCACAGCGGAGGGGCUGGCAGAGUGGCUGCACGGACGAUUGACAAAUGGUCACGGCUCAGGAACAGUCUACCAAGAGCGUCUGUCGCGGCUGGAGAGUGACAAAGAGUGUCUUAUUCUUCAGGUAAGUGUUCUCACAGACCAGGUGGAAGUACAAGGUGAAAAGAUACGGGACCUCGACAACUGCCUGGAGCAUCAUCGACAGAAACUAAACGCUACUGAGGAGUUACUUCAACAGGAGCUUCUGAACCGGUCAGCGCUGGAGACCCAGAAGCUGGAGCUGAUGACCGAGGUGUCCAGUCUGAAGCUACAGCUGACGGCUGUGGAGAGAGAUCACAAGGACAACGAGGGCUUGUACCAGGAAGUAACGGACCUGCGGUUCAGGGUGACUGAUAUAGAGAAUGAAAGACUUCAGAGUGAGAAGAAACUCAAAGCUACAAAACGUCCAAAGGGGAACACUGUGAGGUUCACUGACGAUGAGGAGGAGCUGCAGCUCCUGCAGAAGCAGCUGGAGGAGCGAGAGGCGGAGCUGAGGAGGCUCAAGGACGAGGGCAGGCUGAGGACAGAGAGCCACAGCAGGGCGGAGGGAGGCGAGAGAGAUACAGAAGUGUUGAAGAUGAAGAUGGUGUUGGAGUCACUGGCGUCGGUCAACGAUGAGAAGGAACGUAGAAUAAAAGAGCUGGAGGAGACGCUGACAAAGAGCAAGAACAUGCAGGAGCUGAUCAAAGAGAAGCUAAAGGAAGAUGACUAUGACCAUAUACCAGAUGAGCCCUCUCUUCCUGUAUCCAUGGAGGUGGAUCAGGUCGCUGUGGCGCUGGUGGGGGAGGCAGGAAGGAGCUCAGGCGAGUCUAUUCCUUGUAUAGCAGUGCUGUCUGAAAUGAAUGAGCUGGACAGAGAGCGACAGGCAGCCCAAAGUCCUGUGGAUGUGUCACAGUCGGGCAGCUCAGCCAGAUCCAGCAGCACCGAGCAGGCCAAACUAAAAACGGGAUCCGGAUCCUUACCCCCCACCAAAGCAAGCGAUGACAGUUUUGGUUCCAAGAAGACUCGUUCCUCUUUCGGCCGUGGCUUCUUCAAGCUGCGAGGAGGCAAGCAGACGGCGAGCUCCCCGAACCUCGCCGAGACGGAACGUAAAGGCACGGAGCACCUGGACCUGGCGGGUGCUCCUCCACGAAAAUCCCAUGAUGCAUCUCCCCUGCUGUCCUCCCCCGAAACCAAAAAGAAGUCCAAAGGCUUCAGGAAAUUCUUCGGCAGACUAAAAAGGAGUCACUCUACCACCUUAGACCUCGAUGAUGCAGAGAUGGAGUUCAGGAGGGGCGGAGUCAGAGCCACAGCUGGACCGCGACUUGGCUGGUCACGUGAGCCAAAACACAAUGCUGUCGAUGUUCCUUUCUCACGCUGGAGUAAGGAGGAAGUCUGCGGGUGGCUGCAUGAGCAGGGCUUCGGGCUGUAUGUGGCCCAGGGUCAGAGCUGGAUCAAGUCAGGACAAACUCUGCUGCAGGCGUCGCAACACGACCUGGAGAAGGAGCUGUGCAUGAAGCAGCCGCUGCACAAGAAGAAGCUGCAGCUUGCUCUGCAGGCUCUGGGGUCAGACGAGGACGACCUGAAGGGCAGACUGGACCACAACUGGGUGACCAGGUGGCUGGAUGACAUCGGCCUCCCGCAGUACAAAAGCCACUUUGAUGAGGCUCUCGUUGAUGGACGCAUGCUGCACUACAUGACCGUGGAUGACCUGCUGUCUCUGAAGGUGGGCAGUGUUCUCCAUCACCUCAGCAUCAAGAGGGCCAUUCAGGUCCUCCGCCUCAACUCCUACGAACCCAACUGUCUGAGGAGACGACCCUCUGAUGAGAACAACAUCACGCCGGCUGAGAUCUCCCAGUGGACAAACCACCGAGUGAUGGAGUGGCUCCGCUCUGUGGAUCUGGCAGAGUACGCUCCUAAUCUGAGGGGUAGCGGUGUCCAUGGAGGGCUGAUGGUGUUGGAGCCUCGCUUCAACGUGGAAGCUCUCGCCCUCCUGCUCAACAUUCCACCCAACAAAACCCUGCUGCGACGCCACCUGGCCACACACUUCCAACUGCUCGUGGGGUCCGAGGCUCAGCGGCUCAAACAGGACUGUCUGGAAAACCCAGACUACAGCGUCCUCACGGCCACCGCCAAGGUCAAGCCUCGGCGCUUGUCAUUUGGUGGUUUUGGAUCUUUGAGAAAGAAACGUCAUGACGAUGGCGAGGAGUACGUCUGCCCCAUGAACGUGGAAAUGCCCAAGAGCAGCAGCUUCCACAGGGGGGUUCAGAUUUAUGAGGAAAACUUAGAACACCUGGAACAGAUGGAAGACUCUGAAGGGACCGUGAGACAGAUCGGAGUGUUUUCAGAGGAAAUCAACAACCUGACGAGCAUGCUGAAGGACGAUGAGUUUUUCCAGGAGAUCUCCGUCUGCCCUCCAGAGGUCGACACUGCAGAGACGGAGAACUCCGGCUCCAUCUGAUGUUGACAAACUGUGCCAAGAAAAACAAGCCGACCAACCUUUGAAGUACAACAUGUGAGACCUUUGUACGGUGUUUUUAAUCAUUCAGAAGAGCAGCCAGAGCUUUUUUUGAUCACACAUGUAUUUAUUGAAGCUGCCAAACGUAUAAUGCAUGAACAGAUGCAGGAUUUUAAUACAUAAAUGUUUCUCUUUCUGCAUUUAUUUUUUAUUAUUCAACCAUUGGUGUAGUAAUGAUUGAGGUAAACUUACUGGUCAAUUUAAGGAGUUUUAAAUGUCCUCAGCUGCGGUCGGACUCUGUUUUAUUUGUGGUACGUGAAGUUGCUUUUGUGUGAACUUUGAAGAUUUCAAAUACGAGGACAUUUUUCUCUCAUUGACCUGUUUUUGGUUUCUAGAUGCAAACGUGCUGUUUGUCCAGGUUUUUAAAAUCCCUCUGAGACGUCUGUAUCGGAUUGUGUCUGUCCUGUGAAGACUACUGCUCUGUUUUUAUUUACCUUCAUAGUAUUGUUGUUAAACAUUUCAGAGGUGAGCAGAAAGAUAAAAAACCUGCAGAGAACAUGAGACAAAAUGUUUUGGACGAAAAGAAAAAAAGGCUUUUGGUGUUCUGUCUCAGACCGACAGUAGAUGAGGGGAUUGAUCCCACUCUCGCGUCUGUGCUUUUAAAGAUGGACGCUUCAGCCAGGAGCUGAUAAGCUUAGCACAAAGACAGACAGAAACAGUUAGCCUGGCCGUCUCUAAAGCCGACUAAUUAACACGCCUCCUCUCUUCAGUUUAGUCUGAAAGCUGAAACACAAAACUCCCCCUAAACCCACAAUUUGUUUUCCUUAUUUUUGUUCUGAUUUAAAUAAGUGAGACGUGUUUCUUAGUGAGCUCUAGAGGUGCAGCCAGGCUAUAAGCUUUUCACUGUGCUUACAGUCUCUAUGCUAAGCUAAUCAACUCCUGGUUAUAGCCCUGUACGUGAGCGCUAUCCUCUCAUUAACCCCUGAGCGUUUCUCUCCAAAUGUUCCACUAUCUCUUAAAGAAACAGCAUGAUGGAAAGUUAACAUGGAAACCAAAGUCGUUGUUUUUAACUGUUUUGUAAUAAAAAGAAAGAAAA